AUGUUUGGAUCCUCCCUGGGGAUUAUACAGCCAGCUGCUGCGUGUGGCAGAGGAAUGCCAAGCACCCCCCACCACCGGGGACCCCCAGAGAAGGCUUCUGCCACCCAGCAGCUGCCUCCUGUUGGGGUCAUGGACACCCUCACGCCCAAGCCACAGAACGCAGUGACCAUCGCUGUGUCCUCCCGCGCCUUGUUCCGCAUGGACGAGGAGCAGCGGAUCUACACCGAGCAGGGCGUGGAAGAAUAUGUGCGCUACCAGCUGGAGCACGAGAACGAGCCCUUCAGCCCCGGGCCCGCCUUCCCCUUUGUGAAGGCGCUUGAGGCCGUGAACAAGAGGCUGCGGGAGCUGUACCCCGACAGCGAGGACCUCUUCGACAUCGUCCUCAUGACAAACAACCAUGCUCAAGUGGGUGUCCGUCUCAUCAACAGCAUCAACCACUAUGACCUGUUCAUCGAGAGGUUCUGCAUGACAGGUGGGAAUAGCCCCAUCUGCUACCUCAAGGCCUAUCACACCAACCUCUACUUGUCGGCUGACUCAGAAAAAGUACGAGAAGCCAUUGAUGAAGGGAUCGCAGCCGCCACCAUCUUCAGCCCCAGCAGGGACGUGGCUGUGUCCCAGAGUCAGCUGCGCGUGGCCUUCGACGGAGACGCUGUGCUCUUCUCAGACGAGUCUGAGCGCAUCGUCAAGGCCCAUGGGCUGGACCGGUUCUUCGAGCAUGAGAAGGCGCACGAGAACAAGCCUCUGGCCCAGGGCCCUUUAAAGGGCUUUCUGGAGGCGCUGGGGAGGUUGCAGAAGAAGUUCUACUCCAAGGGCCUGCGCCUGGAGUGUCCGAUCCGCACCUACUUGGUGACAGCACGCAGCGCAGCCAGUUCUGGGGCCCGGGCUCUCAAGACCCUGCGGAGCUGGGGCCUGGAGACAGAUGAGGCCCUGUUCCUCGCGGGCGCACCCAAGGGCCCCCUCCUUGAGAAGAUCCGCCCACACAUCUUCUUUGAUGACCAGAUGUUCCAUGUCGCUGGGGCUCAGGAGAUGGGCACCGUGGCUGCCCACGUGCCUUACGGGGUGGCACAGACACCCCGGCGGGCUGCAGCUGCGAAGCAGGCCCCGUCUGCCCAGUAGCUGAGCCGCCAGCUUUACUGGCCCAUGUUGCUCCAGACACUGCGCUGUGGCCCGGAGCGCCCCCCCUAGUUCCUGGCACUCUGCCCUCUGUAUGUCUCCCCUCCGCCCCAAGCGAGGCGCCGUAGGAAGGCUGCAGCCAGGCCAGGGUCCUCACCUGUCCGCCUUUUUGGACAAAUGCUGUGCCAGGGUGCUGCCUAGGAAGGUAAGACUGCAGAAUAGCUGGGCUUCGGGGUAGG